AUAAAUAUUUUUCAGUCAGACCGUAUUUAUAUUUUUUUGUAUUUUUUUUCUGACAGACAAUGUUUAAUUAAUCAGCCAUAAUUAAUUGCGACAAUGUAAUUUUGCAAAAAUGUAAAUUCAUGGGCCAAAUUGACAUUAUGAGUAAAUUAAUGAAACAUGUGAAAUACAAAUAUUUUACUUAAAUUAUCAAAAUACAUGAUACAUUUUGUUGCUACAAAAUAAAAAUGAAUUGUGGAGAAGUUUCAGACCAGAUUAUCGGCUUUUUCUCUCUGCCUGCAAUUGUCGUAAAUGCAUUGCAAAGCCACAAACUGUCGUGCUACUGCCCCUGAUUUUCGGUGUUUGAAACCCCAUUUCGGUCUUUUCGUACGGCACUAAAGCUGAAGACGAAACAUGCCGGCCAAAGGUCCUCUGCAAUCUGUCCAGGUUUUCGGACGCAAAAAAACAGCCACUGCUGUUGCUCACUGCAAGAGGGGGAAUGGCCUUAUCAAGGUGAAUGGCAGACCCCUUGAGAUGAUUGAGCCAGCCACACUCCAGUACAAGCUGCUGGAGCCAGUGCUGUUGCUGGGCAAGGAGCGUUUUGCUGGAGUUGACAUCCGAGUCCGGGUGAAGGGUGGCGGACAUGUAGCACAGAUCUACGCUAUUCGUCAGUCCAUCUCCAAAGCCCUGGUCGCAUACUACCAGAAAUAUGUGGAUGAAGCCUCCAAGAAGGAGAUCAAGGACAUCCUGAUCCAGUACGACAGGACCCUGCUGGUUGCCGACCCUCGUCGCUGCGAGUCCAAGAAGUUCGGUGGACCAGGAGCCCGUGCCCGCUACCAGAAGUCUUACCGUUAACCUCAGUACAUUUUCAUGUAAUAAAGUUGAGGGAGAAAAUA